AUUUUUUUUUUUUUUUUUUUUUUGGAAAAGGACGAGCUCGGGAGGCGUCAGCGCGCUCCCAUCCGAGGCCAACUUUCAGUUUCUGUUGAGUGCCGCCUGAGGUGAGGUGACCAUUUUGAAAAGUUUCCUCGGCUCUCGUUUCUUUUCCUCGUGAUCGGAUAUCUCCAUUUCAUCUUUACUUCAUUGUUUUGGCCGGUGAUUAAUUCAGAGUGCCUCGGAACCACCAUGGCGGACGCCCCAGUGUAUAAUAAAACGACGACGACGAAUCAACACAACUCCAGCUCCGCGAAAUUCUUCGAUGUGCCCAACGAACACCUGGAUGUGAAGCGAGCGGCGAUCAAAGCGGUCGAAGUGGUCCUGUCCUUUAUAGCCUUCAUCUGCGAGGAAGUCAUCCAGACCUGCGUCAGUUGCGGUGCCCUCUACUUUUUUGAGUUUGUCAGCUGCACGGUUUUCCUCUUCUGCCUCCUGCUUUUGUUUUUGCUCGCCACUACGUUCCAUAAGAAAGUCGGAAUCACCUGCUGGAGUCAAAUCGACUUCGUUUUCACGCUACUGGCAGCCGUGUUUUUCCUGAUUGCUUCUAUUGUGUUCGCUGCUCACAAUGAAGGCACAGAUUUGGAGAAAACUGCCAUUGCAUUUGGAUUCUUAUCAGCGUUUGUUUUUUUAAUCGAUUUUGGGCUCAUUAUGAGAAAAGGAAAUCCAUUUAAGAAAAGCCAGGAAACUCCAAAUGAAAGGACGAAUCAAGACGGUCCCGAAAAGGAGCACCUGAACACAGCCGACAAUGAAAAUGUCUAAGUGGGAGCAAGCGGGCUUGGUAUUUCGUAAUGAAUUUCAAAAAAAGAUUGCAGGAUACAAAGCAGUAGUGCGGAAAGUAAACUCUGAAACAAAAGAUAUAUGUAUAGAUAUAUGUAUAUAAAUCAAUCAUGGAAAAUUUGUACCCAGCCCCGCUACAUUUAAAAACCUCAUCGAAUUUUAAUGUGAGUGACCGGCUUGUUAAUAAUUAGGCGGCCACUAACAAAGUCUUCUGAAUGAACAGAUCAUUUAGCCAAAGCUUUUAAAACAAAAUAAGUGAACAUCAUUUCAAAAUUUGUUUACCAAGAUUUAGGUUCCAAAUUUGACACAAGUGGCAUAAUUUUAUUUUAUAAUAUACAUACAGAAAAAAAAAGGUAUCUAGUUAUGCUAACAUAAAUGGGGUCAUCCAAUUUUUUUAUUUUUAUUGUUUAUUUUGUUUUUCAUUUACGCGUCUGGCAUGAAUGUUUUUUUUUUUGUAAACGAUAAUGUAAAUCCACUUACAAACGCUGAAAAUAAACUGACGGUCUACCUUUUAAUAUUACUUGCGAGAGAGCGGCCCACCGUAAGGCACAAAUGACCAACAUAAUGGCAAACAGACGUAUGAUCGUUUUUGCCAUUCCUUGUAAUUUGCGAAUUUACAAAGGGCUGCCCCGUGAGCUUUAUUUGACUCAAGUCUUGCAAGUGGUUCCAGUUUCUCAAUAUAUGAAUGAGUCUGUCCUUAAUUAUCGUGUCUUUCGAUAUCCACGUCUUUCGAUAACCAUGUGUUUUGAUUUCUAUGUCUUUCGAUAACCAUGUGUUUCGAUUUCCACAUCUUUUGAUGUCUAUGUCUUUCGAUAAUCACGUGAUUCGAUUUCCACGUCUUUUGAUAUCUGCGUCUUUCGAUAAACAUGUGUUUUGAUUUCCGUGCCUUUCGAUAAACGUAUUUCAAUAUCCACGUCUUUCAAUAACCAUGUGUUUCGAUUUCCACAUCUUUUGAUGUCCACGAUAACCAUGUGUUUUAAUAUUCGCGUCUUUCGAUAAUCAUGAUUCGAUUUCCAUGUCUUUCAAUAUCCACAUCUUUCAAUAACCAUGUGUUUUGAUUUUUGCAUCUUUCGAUAACCAUGUGUUUCGAUUUCCGCAUCUUUUGAUAUCUGCGUCUUUCGAUAUCCACAUUCCAGUCACGUACUGCUACCGCUUGUACCAAUAAACUUCAAAGCCACUCGCCUUACCAGCUGCAGCAAAAGUUUGGACAGUUUAGUACCAACUGAGCUCAUGAAUUUUGGACAAGUCUGUCACCAGGCCAAUCCUUUGAAAUUUAGCAGCUGUGUGGCUGUAGACUUUACUGGUAACAAAGCCACUGGUAAAGUUAGCGGAGCUAGCGGCGGAGAAGUUUUGAUUCAGUGGCGACAUCGGACACUGGAACGUUUUGCAGUUCUGUUUGUUUCCUUUUGUUAAUAAAGCCUAAAAGGUAGUUUGGCGUAGACAUCUUUCACAUUUCUCUCGCCCACCGACGUAACUAAUCCAUUCAGUGUGUCGCUAGUUGAUAGCCUCACAUGUGUUAAGUGGUGGUGAAAAAAUGUAUUGUCAGUCUUCAUUUUCUAAAUUUUGUUAGGUAGACAUACGCUGUAAAAUUGCUAACCGCGUUCCAAAUACUUAAGAGAUGAAGUAACACUGAUGAUUCUGUGUAGGUUUAUAUUUAAGUGAUAUUUCAAUCAAGGGUGGCUUGUAUUAAAAGACAUUUAUGCAGUAUAAGUUAAUUAUUAUUUGUAAAAAAGAAAGAAAAAUUAAAAACUAAGCUGUAAACUGUGGCGGGUAUAGGCCUACCCAGGCCUAAUGCUGCUCCAGAACUGCUCACAAUUUGGAAAACUGCAGGCCGUUUGCUUUAAUUUAUUGACUUCCUUUCUGUAGUUGUGAGUAGUGAGGGGCGACUCGCAAAUAAUUUGUUCCUUUUGAGUGACUCUCUACAGUGAAUCAUAUGAACCGAUUCACGCACUCAAAUGAAAUCGAUUAAGUGGAGUUCAACCCGAGUGCUGUAGCGCAUGCGUGAUGUCAUCAGCGUCUUUCAUUUCACCAACGCUAGUAGAUGUUGACAGCACAGGAGGAAGAACCGCCUGAAUCGGGAGCCUCGACUCGCUUCACUUAGGAUUCCUUUGAGUUCAAAUUGUAUCGGCGAACAAAAACUCGCUCACUGAUGAUCCUCCCAUUCAUCAUACAAGUACAAAAGAGUAACAACACAUUUAGAAUGUAUUGAUUUGUUUUGUAAAAUGCGUUAUUGGAAUUGUUUUAAAAUGAAUAUAUAAAUAAUAUUAAAAUUGAUGUUUAUUGUUUAUGCUACUUUGUACAUUUAGCAGAUUAAUCACGGAAAACUGAACCUUAUAAAAAUAGAAUUCUAACUUCUAACAAUUAUUCGCUUUCAUCUUUAGCACACUUUUCUUAUGGUACACUGACUGCGUUGGGCAUGUAGCAUUUUGUGUUUCCUUUGAGUUCGAACUGAAUCACUACCCGAGAACAAGUCGCACGAUUCUCUUUAAUUUGAUUUAUAAACAAAUCAUUACCCGAGAACAAGUCGCACAAUUCUCUUUCAUUUGAUUUAUUAAACAAAUCAUUACCCGAGAACAAGUCGCACGAUUCUCUUUCAUUUGAUUUAUAAACAAAUCAUUACCCGAGAACAAGUCACACAAUUCUCUUUCAUUUGAUUUAUUAAACAAAUCAUUACCCGAGAACAAGUCACACAAUUCUCUUUUCGUUUGAUUCAUGAGCAAACCAUUACCUGGGAAUGAGUCACGCAAUUCUUUUUCGUUUGAUUUGAACAUUUGAACUGAAUCAUUACCCGACAACCAAGCUCACGAUUCUCGUUCGUUUGAUUCGUGAACAGAUCACUACCGGCGAACAAAUCGCACAGUUCUCGUUCUUUUGAUUCGUGGAUGAAUCAUCACCGGUGAACAAGUUGCAGGAUUCUCCUUCAUUUGAUUUAAGAAUCAAUCAUUACCCGACACCAAUUUGUAUGAUUCUCCUUCAUUUGAUUCAUAAAUGAGUCACACAAUUGUCAUUCGUUUCAUUUGAGAUUGAGUCGUACGAUUCUGAUUCAUUUGAUCCAUGAAGGAAUCAUUACUCGAGAUUGAGUCGCACGAUUCUCGUUCAGCUCAUUCAUGAACUGAAUCAUUAACCGGAGAACAAAUCACCCAGUGCUCGUUCAUUUGAUUUGUGGACGAGACAUUACCCAAGAACAAGUUGCACGAUUCUCCUGCAUUUGAGAAUGGGAAUGGAUCAUUAGCCGAGAACGAGUCACACAAUUCUCAAUAAGCUGAUUCAUGAGCGAAUCGUUACCUAAGAACAAGUUGAUUCGUUCUCAAAUCAAACGGAAAAUCAUGCAUUACCUGAGAACGAGUCACACAUUUCUUCUUCAUUUCCGAUUUUGUAACAUAAUGUCUUAUUUUAAUUAUGUAUCCUGUGUGUUGUUAUAUUUUGUGUACUGAAACAGGGCAAUGUCUUAUGAAUUAGCAUCAUGUUAACACACAAGGGUUGGGCAAAAGAAGGUUUACAGUCGUCUGUAUGGAAAAAGACAUGCAGGUUAUGAUUAUUAACUCAAUCGCUUUAUUAACUUUAUUAACUCAAAAGAAUGGCACAGGGCAAUUAAGUGCUCAAAUCGCCGGCCUUCAUUAUUCACACAUUCUCGUACGCCAAUUUCCUUCACUCAAGAUAAAUCAUAAGUAAGGAUUCAAAAUAAUAAGAAGACGACAAAUAAUACAAUAAUUAAUACGUAAAUAAUAAUGCAAGCAUGAACUCUGUAAACCUACUAUUGCCCAGCCCUGUAUAAUUAAUUAUACAAAAUAAUGUAUGCAUUAUUAAAUUACAUAUUUGGGAUCCGAUCAGUGGGGUGGAUUUUAUGUUUGUGCCAACGUCUCAUCCUGAAAAUGAAUCAAAAAAGAAUUGAUUCCCUUAAGCGGGCAGUUCCAAAGAAUCGAUUCAGUGACAUAAAUCGAAAAUGUCCGGCCACCGCUAGUUACGAGGGGACGUUCUGUCGAGUCGAGCAGAUUUUAACUUUCAGUCUGCUGAAGAACCCGAGUUUUAGUUUAAUUAGCAAACGCAGUCGACUGCGACAAAUGGUCGCUCAUGGAGCGGUCCGUGGUUACAAAGAUAGGCAGAAAUGCUAGAAUCCGAACUUCAUUUGCUUUUCCAGUCUGUUGCCUUUGUCCCCUGUCAUCGUCUUCUGAUCUGUCCAGCACAGUUACAUUAUUUCCAUAAGUGAGGUUAUUUGAUGUAAAUAUUUCUAUUUUUUAUUUGAAAUAUUGUAAGCUUUGGUGUCCAGACAGUAGGACAGACUUGUCGUUUUAUUUUUUUCGCAUGUGAUCAGAUCUUCAGUCAGUGGCGCAGACUCUUUACACGUGCAGCUCCUCGCUGAGCCGUAGCCUGGCGCAGAUGCGUUACAUUCUACGAUGGGCCCUCUGCGUAUGAAGUUGGUUCUUUGGGCUUUGAGAAGGUUCUGAAUAUGUGGACGAAAGAGAAAUCUUGAACGUCUGGGAGAGGUGGGAAACCGGCAGAUGAAGAUCUCGGUCCGGGUUGCCACUGGUGUUUGGCAGAUCUCUUACCGUCUAUUCAUGGACCCUCUGAAAGGAUCUAAAUAAUUAAAGGUCCACCCUGGGACCUUCGUAUGGGCGGUUCUUUAGGGAAACCAAAAAUGGGUCCCCUAUGGCGCCUUCAGUUUAAAGAGUGCAGUCAGGCUCUGAGGUGCAGAAGUUGAUUUAUUGUGCUGCUGCUGCUAAUUUAAAUACUGAAUUUUACAAAAACGAUUUCUCUGUGUAUUUGUGUUAAAUCAAACGGCACCGAGUGUACGUUGGGAGUUAGGGGUUCAACUGCUAAAGGCUGAUUUAUCCUUGUGUGUCGAGCCUAGUAAGCCGUAGCUACGCCGCAGUCCGUGUCGCCUAUGGGGGUCUCUCCGGCAUCACCUGACGUGCACCUCCUCAAAAAUGUGAUGGCGGGUCGUGUCAACCUGCACCCCGCCACUCUGAUUGGCCUGUUCGGUAGCUACGGAUUUCCUGAAACACGUUUCUAUUCGUCAUCUGGUUUCAAAUUCGGCGAACGUAUGAAAAACUGGGAAAAUGUGAGGAACAGAUACGUUCGCCUACAGAAGAAAAUGUGUAGCAAGAGGAGCGGUGGUCCUGGUGGGCAAAGACUGCCUGCUCUUCAAUGGAUCAUUCACUUUUCUGGUGUGGUACAAACGUCGCCACCUACCGUGCACAGCUCCGACGUGGGCUCGACCCAGAAGAAUAAAUCAGCCUUAAGUCACGCCGGCUCUGAUCCGGAGUGGUGGCUCUGAGUCUAGGGAUCUGCACUGGCAAUCGGAAAGGUUGCCGGUUCGAAUCCCGUAAAUGCCAAUAGGGACUCUGCUGUGUUGGGCCCUUGAGCAAGGAAGGCCCUUAACCUGCAAUUGCUGAGCACGUUGAGUAGUGAGAAAAGCGCUAUAUAAAUGCAAAGAAUUAUUAAUAUUAUUAUUAUUAUCCUGAAGUUCUCCUCUGUAGGACAUGAACUGAGUUGGCUUCAUAAUCAGUUCAGUGUGGACGUCUGUUUAAAUAUGAAAUCCAGCAAACCUUGUUAAACAAAUGGGCCUCGUGGGCACACAUUUUCUUGCUCACUUUUUGCAGUUUUUACUUAACUUUCUAAGCAAAGUCAGCAAGACCUGUUCCUGCUUUGUUACCAGUCAUAUUUAUUAUGAAAUUUCUGAAAAAAAAUAAAAAU